AUGAUUAAACAACAGCAACUUAAGGCGCAAAGCGCCCAAGUCCUUCAGACCAUUACAUACGCCACAUAUGCAUAUAAUUCAAAGACGGCAGAACAAACGCAAAGGUUGAAAUAUGGAGAUUUGGAGAUAGUAUUGAAAAAUGACCAUUUCGAAUUCGUUUGCAAAGGUGGUGCAGUGAUAUCAAAUAUAAAAGAAAUUUUAUUUAUGAAUUCAAAAAUUAAAGGUAUAACGGAUGAUAUAACAUCAAUUCCACCAGAAGAACAGAGAUAUUACGCAUUAAAUGCAUUUCCUAAAGUUUUGAAGAUUGGAAGAUUUAAUUUAAAUGAGGAAUUCAUAGAAGGUUUCCUAAAUGACAUAAUGAAGAAGGCAAAUUUGGUUUAUGUUGAUGAAAAAGAUAAUGAAAUUAAAGAAAAGGUUGAAUGGUAUCAUGAAUGGACAUUGGAGACUUUUAAAGUUAAAGCUGAUACAGAAUGGGUUUCAGGAUGUUUAGACCUUAAAGCAGAUAAAACUUAUGUUAAAGAUGAAUUAGAGAAGAAAGCGGAUAAAACAUAUGUUAACAAUGAGUUAGAGAAGAAAGCAGAUAAGGAAAAAGUUAUUUCAUUCAUUAAUACUGAGUUAGCAAAGAAAGCUGAUAUAUCAUUUGUUAAUGAAGAAAUAAAACAAUCAGAGGUCUAUUUUACUCCACCAUUUUUAAAUUUUAUGAAAUCAUCAGAUAAAACAUUUGAUAUAGAUUCUUUUGAAUGGAUAUGUUUCGAUGGAGUGACCACGUAUUUAUUUUAUACAGCAGGAGUACUUUAUUAUUUUAAAACAAAUGAUUUUAAAAACUAUGAAUCAUUUACUCCAUCUGUUUGGAAUCCUGAUACACGAAAGCCAAUCAUUAAUCCAAGAAUUUUAUAUGUUGAAUAUAAUAACGGUAAAUUUAUGGGAAUGAUAACGGUUGGAGAUGAUUUUUGCCCUUGUUAUUCAUUCGAUUGUAUCCAAUGGUUCAAAUGUAAUUUAAAUCAAGAUGCUAAAUUUAAAUAUCCAAAUAAUCCUAUUAGAUGCGUUAAUAAUAAAUGGGUACUAAUUUAUGAAGUCAAUCAAAUUUUCAUUAGUGAUGAUGGGAUAAAUUAUUAUAUGUUUAGUAUGAUGUCAUCAGAUUUGAAAAUUGAUUAUACAAGUAAAUGGUAUUACAUUAACAGCAUGUAUUUUAUCCUACAAAAUGAUAAAAUUUAUAGAUCAUAUUCAAUACCACAAGGUCAAUUUGAACAAAUUUUUCAAGCUGAUGGAGACAUUGAAGCUUUAUGUUAUGCUUCAAAUGUUUGUGUUCUUGUUUCAGGUGGUAUGGUCUAUUCAUAUCCUGUAAGUUAUAA